GGGCUGGGCAGGGCUUGCAGGACGGCUCGGGUCGCCGCGCAGCCGCCGAGAUGCAGCAAGAGAAUAUCUUCCUCUUCGUCCCCAACCUUAUCGGUUACGCCCGCAUUAUCUUUGCGUUCAUUGCUUUCUAUUUUAUGCCAACGUCCCACCUGACGGCGUCUUUCUUCUACCUACUUAGCGGUUUCCUUGACGCCUUUGAUGGCCACGCAGCACGGAUCCUUAACCAAGGCACCCGCUUUGGCGCCAUGCUGGACAUGUUGACGGACCGCUGUGCCACCAUGUGUCUGCUGGUGAACCUGGCCAUGCUGUACCCUGAAUCUGCCCUCUGGUUUCAACUCAGCAUGAGCCUCGACGUGGCCUCCCAUUGGCUCCACCUCCACAGCACGGUGGUGAAAGGUGGGGAGAGUCACAAGAGCAUUGAUUUAUCGGGGAACCCGAUCCUCCGGAUAUAUUACAGUUCCCGGCCCGUCCUCUUCAUUAUGUGUGCUGGCAACGAGCUCUUCUACUGUAUGCUGUAUUUGCUGUGCUUCGGGGAAGGACCAGAAAUCCUGCCGGGACCCGUGGGCCUCUACCGCCUGGUACUGUGGGUCUCCACCCCCAUCGCUCUCGCCAAGAGUCUCAUCAGCCUCGUCCACUUGAUCUGUGCCUCGUGCAAUAUGGCGGCUUUGGACGCCGCCGAGCGCUCCAAGAGGAAGUAG